AUGUCUACGUUUACAGCGUCAGGUGCAAAGAAUCCUAAGAAGCAGGAGUACUUUGAGAGGCUUCGUAACCUGAUUGGGUCGCAUAGUCAGAUAAUGAUUGUUGAGGCUGACAAUGUUGGUUCAAAGCAGAUGGCUGAUGUGAGAUUUGCGUUGCGUGACCGUGCGACCAUUUUGAUGGGCAAGAACACGAUGAUUAAGACCUGUCUGCGGGCCAUGGUAGAGGAGCGUCCUGAGUUGGAGUCGCUUAUUGAGUUGGUGAAGGACAACAUCGGUAUGGUUUUUUGUAAUGAGGAACCGGCUGCCAUUCGCAAGACCAUCCUUGAAUUCCGCGUUCCGGCCCCGGCUAAGCAGGGUUCGUUGGCCCCCUGUGAUGUGUACAUUCCCCCUGGCCCUACCGGUAUGGACCCGGGUCAAACGUCCUUCUUCCAGCAACUGGGUAUUCCUACCAAGAUUGUCAAGGGUCAGAUUGAAAUUCAGAAUGAAGUGCACAUUGUCAGCGUCGGUGAACGCGUCUCCGCAUCCCAAGCUGUACUGCUGAGUAAACUCAGCAUCAAUCCUUUCUCGUAUGGCCUCAAGACCGUCAGCGUCUGGGACAACGGCUCCUCCUACCCUGCCAGUGUUCUUGAUAUCUCUCAGGAAGACGUCGAGACCGCUCUCAAGACCGCUAUCAAUCUCGUCGCACAGACCUCUCUUGGCGCUCUAUACCCCACCAAGUGCUCUGCACCCCACUCCAUUCUCAACGCAUUCAGGCAGUGCGCCGGAGUCGGCAUCGCCACCGACUUCAUCUUCCCUCAGAUCGAAGCACUUAAGAAAGCGCUCGACAACCCCGACGCCUUCGCACCCACUGCCGCCGUCGCUGCUCCCGCCGCUGCUGCUCCCGCUGCCACUGCUGCUGCCGAAUCAGAAGCCGAGUCGGAAGAUGACGACAUGGGAUUCGGACUCUUCGACUAG